AAGUUGGGUUGUAACUUACAUCUAUCCCCAGGUACGUCAAAGUCUAUCUUCUCCCCGACAAGUCUAAGAGUGGCAAGAGGAAAACCAAAGUGAAGAAGCACACCCUUAAUCCCAUCUUCGAGGAGGUGUUGCGGUUCAGCACCACGAUGAGUGACCUGGAGUCGCGCACACUGUGGGUCUCAGUCUGGCACAGUGACAUGUUCGGCCGCAAUGACUUCCUGGGAGAAGUUGUCAUCUCGCUGGCCGACACUGUCUUUGACGACGUCUCCCCCAAGUGGUAUUCUUUACAAGACAGGAUGGAUCCAAUGGAAGACCUUAGUUACAGUCCUCGAGGAGACUUAAUCUUAGCGCUCAAGUUUGUCCCGCCAGACGCAGUUACUACCAAGAAGAGCCGCCGGUCUAGAGGCGCUCUCCAUGUACUAGUGAAAGAGGCCAAAAGCUUAGCUUCAGCAAAACCGCAUGGUACAGCCGACCCUAUCUGCAAAGGGCUGCUUCUUCCAGAGAAGGGAAAAGCUUCUAAGCAGAAGACGAGUGUGUGCCGAAAGACAUUAAACCCCACUUGGAAUCACACGUUAAUGUUUGAUGACACCAGUUUACAAGAACUAACGGAGCGUGCUCUAGAACUGUCAGUGUGGGACCAUGACCGCCUUGGAACAUCCCAAUUUCUUGGGGGAUGCCGGUUAAGCUUGGGAAAGGGUAAACACGGAGGCCGACCUGUGGAGUGGAUGGAGGCAGCUGGGAUGGAAGUCAGACUAUGGGAACAGAUGUUGGAACGUCCUAACUUAUGGGUUGAAGGUUCCAUCAUGCUGAGACCAGCCAUGGACAAGCCAAUCUAUUCUUCAUCUAUGACAGAAUAGACUUUAGUCCAGUUUAGAGUAUUUACAUUCUUAUCUUCGUUAGUGCAGUGUCUUGGCAGUGGAAGUGAAUACUUAUUUUGUCAUGUACCUAUAUAAUGAGCGUUAUCUUAGAUGUUAAAGAUAAAACUAUGUAAUGGACAUAGAAUUCUUCCCUUUGGCCAUGUACCUGUUGAGGUUUUGUAAUCAUUGGCAUUUUACAUGCAUCUCACCAUCUAUUUGUUGAACAGUGUAAACAGUAUUGUAUCCAAAAGAAUUACAGCCAAGCAUAGUCAUACAAGGCUUGUAUUUUAUUGGAAAAAGAAGGUCCUGUUUAAUGUUAGUGACCUUGCUCUUAGAAAUUUAAAGAACUACUGAUCAUAACUCACAAUUCUGCUAAAGUCUGAUAUGCAGAAUGCUGAACUCUGCUCCUCUGAUGACAUGCAAAUGUCAUCUCUUUGUAUUUAUUCCAUCUUGUUUAUAUUUUUUGUUUAUAUAAACACAAAUAUAAACACAUUGUUUAUCUUCUGACCUUCUUGACUGGAUCAUUUUCUCAUGAUUACUUCAACUUCCCCGUGGCCUAAGGAUUAAUUGAUUUCUUCAGCUUUUGUUUUAUAAUUUAAGCAAAACUAGGCAUUGAUAGCAUACGUAAAUUAAUAAAUUAUUGACUUGAGCAAUUGUUCCUUCCAGUGUCAAGCAGCUACACAUACAGAGAAAGACAUUCCAUUGUCCAUGACUCCAUUGUGGAACUCCUCAUGACCUUCAUUCCCAUUGAACCAUAAACGACAUUCCAGAAUUAUUUAUGUAAAUUCACUUGAAAAUGAUUCAUUAUAUGUUCCUAAUUUUGUAAAGUCUUAAGUGUUAUGAUAUGAAAUCAUACUUUCCAUUUAUUCUAAUUUUCAUCCAGUCUUUAAAUAUUGCCUGUGGACAACGUUAGGGGCUUGUGGUCGUAGUGCAACUUGUACCAAAGACUGUAAUGAGAACAACGAACUAAGGCUCAUGUUGUAAGGCUGUUCUUUACAUCACUGGAAACAGACCCCAGUAGGCAAAAUAUGUUUUGAGUAAUGUCAAAUCAACAUCGGCUCAAUAUUAUCAACGUUGACUCAAUGUACAGUCAAUGUUGUUUGCCCAGAUUUGCCCGGGGGAUGUUUGAUGCUAGUGCCAUCGUCAAUUUUAUGGAAAGCUUAGUUGUCCAGUCUCAUUUUCAAUGAUCUCAAGGAAGGUUUUGUUUGGAGCUGUGAACUUGAGACUAACAGUGCGUUUAACAUGAAUGUGCUGAGCGAGUUGCUUAAUGUACAGUAUUUUGCUUCUAUGUUAUUUUGAAAUGGUGAACUGUAAUAAGCCUUUCUGUGUGUAUUACAUAUAUGAGGGCCACUAUUCUGGAUUUUUGAGAGCUGAAUCAGGAUAUAACUCAGUUUCAGGAGUAUGGUCAGGAUGUAACUGAUGGACAGUCUUUAUUUUGUUGACAAGGUCAAGUUUCUAGAAACUUGAUUCUUUGUAACUCAAAAAGAUCACAAACCUUGUCCGUUUUAUGCAAUAUCUUGUGAUUCAUGGACAUUCUGAGCAACAUUGUCUUGAAUUUGUGUACAGUAUUCUACAUUUACAUGUUCAUCAGAGGUGCCAACAAAUACACUGACUCGUGGCUUGUAGACAAUAUCCUUGUAUCUGUAUUCUUUUACGACUGAUAAAUCUCCGUGAUUAUUCACUUUAGUCAUGAAUAGUUUUUAGAAAGGUAGUGAUAUUUUUAUACUAAAUAUAAUGCUACUGACCUCUGUAAAUACAAUGAUUGCUGCUAGCCAUCCAAGUGCACAUCACCACCUUGUGUUCCAUCCCUGAACAUCCUAGGGUCAUACUGUAAUGAAACAUGAAAAUUGGUGUGUGGGAAAGGGGAGGGGGGAAGGGAUACAAAAUAGAGUUCAUCUAGCUAUACAUUCUCAUACCUUCAUGUAUAGUGUAAACACCAACACAUGCUAUACAAACAACAGCUGUGAGAGGAAGGUGCAGGUGAUGCCAUUGUGGGCACUAAAACUAACAGUAUUUGUUAUCGCUUCUCCUUUAAUGAGAUAUUUCUUGUACAGUGUGCCAAUCAUGAAGAUGCUGGUAUAAAAUUGUAAUUUAUCUGUGAAUGUACUUAGUACUCAUGUAUGUAAAGAUGUGUGGACAGUGUAUAAACAGUGUUAGGAAUUAUGAGGAUCAUACCAUACAUUAUCAUUCUGCUACUGUUCUGAUUGUGCUUAUAUGACAAGUGUAUUUCUCUUUGUGCCAAGGGAAUGAUGAAAACAUUUGUGACAUUCAUAACGAAACACAUAAGUUACCUCUUAUGGUAUUUGUUAGUGAUAAUCAGUAUUUGGACCUUUUGAGGUAUAUUUUACCUCUACUAAGUGUUCUCACCAGUUUAUGACAAUGAAAGAAUGCCUUUUUAAACCUUAAGCAUCUACCUGGGCAAAGUUGAUUCUCAUGAUUCAAAGUGACAAGACCUUUAAUACAGUUCACUUUAUUUGUGGUAUGAACGGGAAGCAUAAGUCUUCUUACACUAUUCUUAAGGUACAGUACCAAGCAACUUCAUCCCCUCCUGCCCUCUGCCCUCCUGGCUGGGAGGACUAAUACUGCUUCUUGAUAAAGGAUUCAGUCCCAUUCUCAAUUCUGUUAUAUUCUCACAUUAUGUAUCUUAAAAUAGAGCUUUAUCAUGUUUAAUAAAACACAUUGAAAAA